AUUUACAAGAAUGCCAUAAUGGCAAACUUGUAAAUAAUUGAAACUUCAAAUAAAUAUCUAGAUAUUUUCCUAAGCUAAACUUGGUGCCCAAGUCUCUAUAUCAUCUUCUCCAUUUUGUGGGUGCCGAAUUCUUCACAAAACAAAACACAAAAAUUUAUACUUUCAUUUUCUCUCAAAACUUUCUUCACGAAAAUCGUCGGAAAUAUUGCGUAGAUCGUGUGUGUGUGUUUGCAUGUUCGUUUGAGAUCCAGCGAGUUUUGUCGCGGAAACCGGCGAGCAAAGGUUUUGAAUAUUCGACGGGUGGUAUUUUUAUAUUUGGAAUAAGCGAGUACUGCGAGUAGUUUGACGUGUGGAUUUCCAAUUUCUUGUUCCGGAAAUCCCUGGCUUGUAUAAGUGAGAAUGACUUUCCUUUAUGUGUCUAGAGUUGCAGUAGCUAGAAUAAUGAACGGUGAUACCCUAGUAGUCGUUGGACUUAUUUAUGCUUUAUAUUUUAUAACGCUUAAACUCUGAUGAUAUGUAAUAUGUGAAUGCUGUGCGAAAGUCCGAGCGACUGCACUUGAAUAAAAUGCGGCGAACGCAUCUGCAUAGUGAAAUGCAGUUAAGUCCAUUAGAGAAAUGGCCUGCAUAGUGAAAUGCAGUAAUUACCAUAGUAAGAUGGUAUGCAUAAUGAGAUGCAUGAUAAACCAUAGAGAAAUGGUUUUGAAACUAUAAUGCAAUAAUUAAAGAGAAAAUUAUGUGCAUGUUUUAAAUGGUAAUUUUUAUAAGAACGUUUUAAACUGCGAUUUUAAAAUGUUCGAAAAUGAUUUGAAUUCCGCGAAAAAUUUUAAGUGAUUUUUAAUAUAUUUUAAGGCUUGCUACGGGUUUCGGAGCAACCACUCCCAUUCCCUAGCGCCGGUCUCGAUGCCGAGAAUCGGGUCGUGACAAAGGUGGUAUCAGAGCAAUGGUCGAAAAACGGGCCAUUGUCGAGUUUGAUAUCAAAGUGAUGGUUUAUAAUCUUAAACCAUUACUAAUAUGUGAAAGGUGGUAUCAUUGUAAAAUACCGUAUGGAAUGUGAACCUAGGAAAUUAAUAUAUAGAGUCUACUGCAACAUAUAAGUUUCUGUCAUGUCAUUUGUUAAGUCAUCAUUUGUUUUUAAAUAUUCCCAGCUGUGCUCUAGGAUCGAGUCUGUAUGCUUGUUAGGAGUAAGUAGAGCCUGAUAGUAUACGAUUAGAACGCUUAGAUAGAUUUUUAAUAGACGACGUGCUUUGAUCAGAAUGGCUGAUCAGCAUGAGGAAAACAUUCAAGAGGAGAAUGUUCAUGAUGAGGAGUCCGUUCAUAACGAUGCGAUACCCGCAGCAGGCGAAGGUCGUGGUCGUGGACGUGGACGUGGUCGAGGUCGUGGUAGAGGCCGUGGGCCUAAUUUUAAUAUUCCGGGCUUUGAUUUCGAACAAUUUUUAGCUGGCAUAGCAGCCAUGCAAACGAAUCAAGCGGAAGUGCAAAAUAUGCACAGAGAGCAGUUGGAUUACCAACAGCAGAGAGUUGGUGCUAAUGUUGAUCGUGAUCUCGUUAUGGCUUACAUGAGGCUCAAGCCCAUGAAGUUUGAUGGAUCAAACGAUGCAUUAGAUUUCUUGGAUGAAGUAGAGAUGAAUGCUAGACGUCUUAAUGCUAGUGAAAGACAGUCUAUACUGAUGGUGGAGAUGUCAGUAAAAGGAUCUGCGAAGGAUUGGUUUCAAAGGCAUAUUCAACCAAGUAUGGGAGAGAUGACUUGGAAUGAAUUUGUCACUCGAUUUAAGGAAUUCUUUCUGCCGUUAUCAGUAACGGAGAAUCAUCGAGAGAAGUUGUUGAAUUUGAACAAGAUAGGAAAGACGGUGCAGGAGUAUGUGACGGAGUUCACAAGGUUGAGUCGUUUCACACCUGAUCUGAUGUUGGAUAGAGAUAGGGUGAAUUCAAGGUUUAUUAAGGGGCUAGGACCCGAAUAUAUUGGAUUGCUAUCUGAUGUAAGGAAGGAUUUGGUGCAAAUCAUCGAUAGUGCACGUCAGAUGGAAAGUACUUUGAUCCAAUUUGGAAAGAUCAAUGUUACUGGUGAGCUCGUAAGAGAAGGAACUGCUAGUUCGAAUACGAACAGGUUCACUGGACCAUAUCGUAAAGGAUUUAAGAAAGGAAAGAAAGAUAGGAGGUUCAGUAUGUCUGGAUCAAGUUCUAGUGGACGAAGUUCAGGAGGAACAGUACCACUAUGUAAUACUUGUGGGAAGAAGCAUUUUGGGGUAUGCUUUAUGACGAGAGGUUGUUACACGUGUGGGCAGCAAGGUCAUUUCUCAAGAGAAUGUCCUAUGUCUAGACCACAAGGUUCAAGUGCUAGUGUUGUUCAACCAGUGUUUCAACAACCUAGACCUGUAUAUCCUGCAGUGUCUGGGCAGGCACAGAACCAGAAUGUGUUUAAUGGACAACGUGGAAGAGGAUAUGGUUUUGGUAAUCGUGGUGGAGGAAGGACCAUAGGCGGACGAGGAUCUGGAGCAACUGCUAGCGGAGGGCAGGCUAGAGUUUUUGCGAUCAAUCCUCAAGAGGCGAAUGCGUCGAAUGCGGUAGUGCAAGGAAUUCAACCUGUGAUUUUGCAAAACCCAUUGUUAGUAGCUACACCUGUAGGCGAAAGCAUAGACGUUACUAAUUCGACGUCAUCCUAG